AUGUUUAGCUUUAUAAUGCAAAUAUUUUUAACAAUGGCCUUUCAAUUGGCUUUAUUAGUCCGGCUAAUAAACGGGCAAUAUACGUUGAAUGUCGAAAGAAAAAUUACAAAUAAAUAUAAACCUAAUUAUCAUGACGAUGUACUGGUUGAAUUGUUAUACGACGUAGAUGAUCUCUUGUUGCCCAACCCAAUUUACGAGUCCUCCGAAAUGGCUGUCCUUCGUAAGGAGAAUUUAUCAAAUUUACCGUCUCCUUCAGUUGGCAUAGACGGAUUGGUGCGGCACGGGUACGUCUUCAACAAGGAGGACGACGAAAAAAUAUAUGAUGCGAAGUUCAUUGAAGCGUCGAAAAUGGCUGACGACAUUUUCUCAGAGAGUCUGAUGAGUGACAUACAAUUGCAUUGGCGUGACGACAUGAAAAAUACAACAGGAAUGAAUAUUUCUAAUUCACAAAAUCCCAUACCUAUUCUAUAA